CAUUCUCUCCGGAUACGUUCACCUGCAGAAAAUGGAGCUUUCCUCCAAUAAAAUUAAUGAUCUUUCCUGUGUCAGCCACAUGCCUUAUUUAGUAGAGCUGAAUGCUUCCAAUAAUGAACUGACCACGUAUUUCAAUUUUAAAGCCCCCAAAAACCUCAGGGAAGUAGAUUUUUCACACAAUCAAAUCCCAAAAAUGACAGAUUUAUCAGAAUACCACUCACUUACCAAGCU